AUGACUUUUGGUGGGAAAACCGUCGUGUUAGGUGGAGACUUCAGACAAAUUUUACCAGUAAUUCCAAAGGGCACCAGGCAAGAUAUAGUGGGUGCAAGUGACAGAACUAUUGGUGAUUCAUUGGAUGGAGAGUGUGAGAUCAACAUUCCAGAUAAAUUCUUACUCAAGUCGGUGGAGGAUCCUAUUUCUACAAUUGUUGAUAGCAUAUUCCCGGGGUUUCGUACUGGAAAUAGAGAUGUCAAAUAUCUAAAAGACUGUGCAAUUUUGGCACCAACUUUGGACGUGGUAGAUAACAUCAAUGAAUACAUGAAUGAAUAUAAUACUGCCGAAGGAAUGACAUAUCUCAGUUGUAAUUCGGUAUGCAAAUCGGAUUCCAAUGUGGACAUGCUUGCUGAUCUACACACACCGGAGUUUUUAAAUGGAUUACGAUGUUCUGGAGUGCCAGAUCACUCAUUGACUUUAAAAGUUGGAUCACCCGUUAUGCUCAUGAGAAAUAUUGAUCACUCAUUGGGGUUGUGCAAUGGUACAAGGAUGAUCAUUUCAAAGUUGGCUACUCAUGUUUUAGAAGCUCAAAUAUUGACCAGAACAAGUGCUGCAAAAGAUGGCAUAAUUGGCCCUGUCCGUUACAAAAUGAAGUACCAUCACUUCCUCCGCAAGCUCAUGAACACCAAGCCCUCCCACGGCCCCAUCCACUUCCGCGCACCAUCCGAGGGUAAGUCUUUGCUCUCCAACUAUCCUUCAUCAGUGUGA